GACGCGGCUCGACUCGGAGGGGACGUCUCCGUCUCGCGGAAGACAGCUGCAGCUGGCGCGUCCCUGGUGCAGAGCCGGAGAGCGACGAGCACGACGAGAGGAGUUUAUCCAGAACACCGCCACAGAGUCUGAUUUACGCUGCUGGGACGGACAGGGACGCGGCAAAGGGAGAGAAAGAUCUCGUCCGCGUCCACGGAAAGGAAGGGUUUUGUUUUUAUUGAAAAUUCUUGGAAACUUUUCCAGACAGUUUUCCCUCCAGCGCCAGGCAUGGCUGGGAUGUAUGGAUGCUUCAGAGGCAGGAACAGUGACAGCGCUGCUAUGGCAUCGGGUCCUCCAGACGUGAUGGCCAAUCAGGAAGCUGCCGAGGUGGCGGAAGAGUGCUCAGGGAAGAAAAAGUCCAAGUUCCAGACGUUUAAGAAGUUCUUUGCCAGGAAGAAGAGGAAGGAGGCAUCUGUCUCCAGGGCGGAGGCAGUACUUAAAGCCAGCCAAUCAAGCGACAAUGUCAACAACACCCCAGAGAAUAACACGCUCACAAGAUCUGAGAAAGGCACUGGGUCAAAGGCCAGCCUGGGCAGCAAAGCCUUGUCACAUGACUCCGUCUUUGUCUCUGAUUUGUCAGAGACCAACGAGGCUUUGGGGGCAUCUCAGGACAGCAUUCAUGGAAAAGUAAAGUCUCUGCAGCUGCAACUGAAGCAGGCCAUCCGGCUGGGCUCGCCUCCCUCCCUGGUGUGUCUGAAGAGGACAGAAGAUGCCGGAACCAUGUCUGAGGACGACGGUCUCCCAUGCAGCCCGCCUGAAUACUCCACACAACAAAAUAGUCAGCCUCAAAGACAAAGCUCUCUUAGUCUGGAGGGAACAGACAGCGAUGAAGACCAGCUGUCCUGCGCCACUUCCAGCAGAGCAGUGAGCCCCCUGCUGGUCGUUCCGGGUGACUUCAGCCUGCCGGCCAGUCCCUAUAGCUGCCUUGAUAACUCUGCUGCCAAACACAAACUGCGCCUGAGACACAAAGCCUGCAACAAGAGGAAACCUGUUAGUCGGGUGGAGCUCAGAGGAGAGGGGGACUCUGUGGCGGAGGAAGAGGCAGAUGAGAGCACCUCCAUAAGUGAUACUCUGGAGAGCAAGGAGGGGGAGGAGGAGAAUGGAGAUGUGACCACUGAUCAGCUGAGACCAGAGGAGGAGGAGGGGGAAAAGGAGGCCGAGCAGAUGCAACAUUCCAGACGAUCCCUGUUGAGAGAUAACGAGGAGGAAGAGGGGGAGAAGGAGGAGGAUGAGCUGGGAACAGGACAGGAUGUGUCUCACGCCUCAGACACUUCCUCCAUGCUUCUCUGUAACAGUGAGCCGGGUGUCCCAGGGGGAGUAGCCCAGGAUGCCCAGUCUGUGGCCUCCUCCGAGCCCAGCUCCAGAGCCUCCUCUGUGGGUGGAACAAGCGACACACCAGAGCCUCCUGCUGGUCAGAAAGAGCACCUGCUGGACCUUCCAGGCAUUCCUCAUGGAAGUGGAGAGAGCAGGACUCAAACUGACUCCCCGCAGGCAGGAGAAGACGAGGAGGUCGCGAGCGACGUGAGGGCACCGGCAGAGGGCGAGAGCGGGGACGAGGGGGGCUCUUUCUUGCAGGAGGUGCUAAGCUCUCUGAAGACCCCCCUCAGUGGCUCUUCCUCGCUGGGCCUGGAAACAGAUGGCGUCACCCUCGAGAUAGAGGAAGUGGCAGAGGUGGAGAAUGAGGAGGAAGGAGAAGAGCAGACAGAGGAAGAGGGGGAGGUGAAGGGGGAGGAAACGGAAGUGGACGACCCUUUCCAUCACCAGCCCCCCGAACCCCAGGAAGAGGAAGUGAUCCCCCUCAGCAGGAUGGACCCCUCCUCUAAUGCAACAAGGAGUGGUGAAGAAGAUGAAGAGAGAGAUGAUGAUGAUGAUGAAGAGAUAGCUGAAGUGGUGGAACAACUUACAAACCGCAGUGAAGAAGUUGAGGAAGAAGAGGGAGAGGUGGCACAGGAAGUUGGACCUGAAUUCUGCACUGAAGAAGAAGAAGACGAUGAUAGCAGGCUUAUAGGAGCAUGCGACAGACAGGAGAAAGAGUGUGAGGACGAGGAGGAAGAAGAAGAAGAGGAGGAGGAGGAGGCCAUUGAGCUAGAGAAGGAGCCAGAAGUGGAGCAGGAGAGAGUGGAGAAGAAAGAAACAUGGGAGGAGGAAGAAGAGGAGGGGAAGGGGAAAGUUGAGGAGGCAGUCGAGGCUUUGGAAGGGGAAGAGGAGGAGAAGACGGUCAAGGUGGCUGCAGCGAGGUGCAGCACAACCGAUGAAACGGCGCAAGCGGGCACACCGGUGCUGGAGGCAGACAAAGCACGAGGCGCUCUGCUUGGAGAGGACACGGUUGUAGCGCCAAUGUUAGAAGAGCGUGUAGAUGGGGACGAAUCCUCUGUUGUUGAGUCGUGUGACCAGCUGUUCGCUGCAGGUCCAGAGAGCCCGAAAGCUCCAAACCAAAGCUUUAUGGAGCACAGUAGAGAGGGAGAGGAGACGACAGCAAAGGAGAAUACAGAGAUGUAUGAAUUAGGAUGGAUACCAGCACACACACAAGCCACAGAAAUUAACCAGUCAGAUGUAGACCAAGCAGGAAGUGACCAAGCCGACGCUGAGUUAGACCGCCCAGAUGUGGAUCAAGUGGGUAAAGACGAGCCCAGUCUAGAUAUGACCAACACAGAGAGAGACCAAAGAGAAAUGGCCCACAUUGAUGCAGGCGAAAUGGUCCUGGACCAAGCUGCCGUCUCCUCCCAAGCUUCUCCUCUGUCUUUGCCAGAGUCACAAAGUUCCUCCGAGACACAAGCGCAGGAAGAGAUUAAGGCCAGGGUUCCCUGCAUGAUCAGCGCCGACACCGGUGAUGACUCCAUUACCAGCGACAGUCUAGUCUCUCCUAGUUCAGAACAGGGCACGUAUCCGCUCGUACUGUCCCCCACCGGGGUAAAAUCCACCGAUGACGUCUUUGAACCCUCCUCUCACAUAAUGGCAACCACAGAACUAGAUCCUGGUCCAGCCAUAGGAGAAGGAGAGGCCCAAAACCUGUUUCCUGCAGCAGCCACCAAAGAAGAAGAGGCCAGGCAGUCCGUUGUUCCUCCAGCAACCACAGAAGAAACAGUCAAGCAGCUGUCCAGUAGCGCAGAUCACAGCAGGGUGCGGUUCACUAUUACACCUGCCUGGCAGCGCUCAUCAGCAGGAGGUGGGGACGAUGAAGAGCCCGCCACUCCUCCCUCACCCUCUUCUCCAGCUCACAGGCUCUCCUCCUCUUCCUCUUCAGCUCCUUCUGUUGCAGGGUCUGUAGGCCUGGAGGGAGAGUCCAAAGCGAUGAGAGACCCGCCACCUAAGGUAGAGCCACCAAGCGCCAUGAAGCCCGAUGUUGUGGUUUGCCCCGGCAGACCCAGGGGUAUCGGACUUCCCCAUCCCAAACUCCCGAGUGACCAAACAACUGCCCCCACCAAAACCAGCAUGUCUUCUCCUGCAAGCACAGGGGAGAGCCCGGUGAUUGUUGAGGGGAACCCAGGGAACCCGUUUGGAGUUCGGUUGAGGAAGACGGCGGUCCUACACCAUCUGGCCCCUGAAGACGAUAACACAGAGCCUGUAGCCCAGCCAGCGGGCAGCAAAGUUUCCUCCCCUCAGCCAGUGAGUGCAAAGCCUUCCCUGAACCAGCCAAUCGGCACAAAGCCUGCCCUGAACCAGCCAAUCAGCACAAAGCCUGCCCUGAACCAGCCGAUCGGCACCAAGCCUGCCCUGCCCAAGAAGCCAGAUGUGAAGGCGGACAGCGGAGGGAAGCCCAAGCACAGCUCAGACCCAGCAGCAGCAGCCCGCGGUGGUUCUGAUCGAUCGGACUCUCCCAGCUGGAUCUCCGUGGCCAGACAGCGACAGAAGAUCUAUAAAGACAACUCACUGGACGAAACUACUGUCAAGAAGGAGGAGCCAGAGAGGAAAUCUUCCUUGCCGCUGUAUGUCACUUCCUCUGGCUUACGGGAGCCCAGCACCACACACGACUCUACAGGCAAAGUGUGCCCGUUGGAGACCUGCAGGCCUGCAGCGGUCGUGGAAAGUGAGGGCCGGAGAGCUUUGUCUCCCCCGACUCCGGUGCCACCCCAGCCUGUAAAAGCCCCGUCACACCAGCAGCCCGUCGCCCCGAAGCCCUCCUCCCCGCUCAACCCGGCCGUCCCGAAACGGCCGUCCCAAAGAGCCCUCUCCCCUCCCACUCCAGUACCCGUUUCCCAAAGAGCACCCUCUUUCACCAGCCCCCCGUCCCUCCCCAAAGCUCCGUUACCUCACCCUGCCUCCGCACCCUCGUCCAAGAGUCCCCCCCCGGCCCUGCCGCAGGACGACCCGCCCUGGAUGGCCCUCGCCAAAAAGAAGGCCAAAGCCUGGAGCGAGAUGCCCCAGAUAGUGCAGUGACGGCUGGAGUGAAGUGUAGUUUAGUUUACCACCGCUGGACUCAACCGUCACCCCAGGGGGCGCUGAACACAGUUCACAAGUGUCAAAUCUGAAUUUAAGUGUGUAAAGUUGUACCCAGCUUGGCCAAGAUGAACCAGAGAACAUUUGCACACCCAGAGUACCUGUCGCCCUCUUUUUUUUCUACUUCCUGGUUUCUGACCCAGCAUCAAGCUUCCGAUUGGUUCCUAAUCCUCCAAUCGCGCAACAGAUAAGGGUCGCGUAUCCUGCUUCUAUCGUGUGUUCGGUUUUUUCUGCUCGUUGCAAGGCAUGAAUUAGAGCCAUUGUUUCUGAAGUUACAGCCCAGGAGCCUGAAAUGCCAUGACGUGUGCAGAGUAACGGCGUCGGUCUGCUAAAUGUGCCUGAGACUCAUUCGUAUUGGGCUCGUGGUUUUAGGAUUUCCCGCUCAGAGGCGGUUGUGCACUUGUGAAUCUGUACAUAUAUCCAAAGUCUGUAACGUCUCAGAUUAUGCCGCGUUGAGAUCGAUCCACAUUUCAGGGAAGAAGGGGGAAGGCCGGAUCAAAUCUAAUACAGAGGGUGUUUUUACACAUGCAAGUCGAGAGUGAAGCGCUCAGAUUCAUUUGCCACGAUUUUUAUCGUUGGAAUGUCAGGUCCAAUGGAAAGAGCGUUGUCCUCCUGUCCUACGCGUGUCUCUCUUUUUAAGGCAAGUGAUAAUUGCACAACAUUUUGAGGGAAAUAGACAGUAUUUUCUCUGUUAAGGCUAGGGGUUAUCAGGUGACAGGAUAUGGAAGUGGAGGCCGUGGCAGGACUAUUAGAAGUUGAAUAUAUGUUUCCCUGGUUUGUGGUAAAACGUUUUACCUACACUGCCUCGACUUGUCGUCUGCAUUCCAACUUCUCCGGACAAACAGGUCAACGAGUUGUUUCACUUUUCUAUCUCUUGUAACAUUUUCAAUGGACAAUAAACUAACCAUGUAAAUUGUGUUUUAUUCAGCGAGGAGUGUGUUGGACAAGUUUCAGAUCAUCAUUAUAAAUUAUAUUUUUCAUUUCACAUUUUGGUAUUUUGAGAUGAAAUAUUUUGCACGCCGUGUAUCUGUAUAAAAGUCCUCGCAUGUUGUCUGUCACCGAUGCAGACAGCGGGGCUGCGCGUAGCCUCCGUGAUGUCAUCCAUGUCAUAUGAUGUCGUGCAUGUCAUGUGACUGCUGCAGCCUCCGUGAUGUCAUGUGACUGCUGUAGCCUCCAUGUGAUGUCAUGUAUGUCAUGACUGCUGCAGCCUCCAUGUGAUGUCAUGCAUGUCAUGUGACUGCUGCAGCCUCCAUGUGAUGUCAUGUGAUGUCAUGCAUGUCAUGUGACUGCUGCAGCCUCCGUGAUGUCAUGUGACUGCUGUAGCCUCCAUGUGAUGGCAUGCAUGUCAUGACUGCUGCA